AUGAGUAUCAAAAAAGAGACAAUUAAGACUUUUUUCUUGAAUGAUAAUGAAAGUAAAUAUCUCUAUCGAAAUAUGCAUUAGCCAUUUAUGUUGGAGGCAGAGAUUGCUAAACUGCUUGCUAACAAUGUCGUAAUAGAUAUUUUGCUUCUGGUUUUCAGUUUGGACAUUGCUUGUUUUUUGGUUGUCUAAAUAAAUAAUUUCAACUAAAAAUGAAGCAAUAAAUCAAUUACAUAUAAAUAUCAUAUAGAUAUCUAUCUGUCAUAUAUUAUAUUAUAUACCUCUUUUUAUAAAUAUGACCAUAGAUAAUUAUUAAAGGGAUAGCAUUUGACUUAGAUUGAGAGUUUAAAGGAGGACAAAUACUUUAUGGAAUAUAAUAAUUUAUAAAAAUUAUAGUAAAUUAAAUUCCAUCAAUUUUUUAGUGAUUUUCUCACUCAAUUUCAGCAGGUGAAUAAGAUUCCCUCUUAUUCGUUAUUAUUGAAUUCUCUUGAAUAAAAAUAUCAUUUCAUGUUCAAAAGUUAAUAGUAUAGUGAACAAAUCCCAACUGAGAAGAUAAAGAAACGAAAAAAUUCCUAUAUCAAUUCUAGUCACUCAACUGAAAUAUAGGAGAAUGGUUUUAUUGAAAUGUUAGAAAUAUUAAAUCAAGAAAAAAAGGUCUAGAUAGAAUCUGAUUAUGUAGAAGGUCUUCUAGACCCUUCAGUUAAAAGAAUAGUUGAUUAUAAUAAUUGUUAUAAUAAGGAGUUGUUUGACUCUUUAAUACAGGAUCGAAUAGAUUUGGGAUGCAGUCUAGCCAAUCACAAAAUCAAUGAUACAUCCAGAGCCUUGAUGGUUGAUUGGAUGAUUCAGGUUUUUGGCUGUCACUAAUUGACCACGUAAAAUACUUUUUUCAGAGCUGUUAACCUGAUGGAUGCCUACCUCAAGAACACUGAAUAAUAAUACACUGACUCGGAUAUCUACCUGUUAGGUGUCACCUGUAUAUUCAUUGCUUCCAAGAUUGAAGACAUCAAAUGCUUUGACAUUGAAACAAUAAUAAUAGUGCUUUCACAUAAUAAAUUCUCCGCCCAUCAAAUAAAGAAAAUGGAAAAAGACAUACUAGAAACUUUGAAUUACAAUACUAAUUUUCCAACUCUUAACGAAUACUUAUAAUAUCUAAAUUUUUAAUUAUUUGGAUAGUCUUAAAAGUAUUAAAAUAAUUUUAUUUUAGUUAAUUUGUGUAAACCAUUUAUGAUACAGCCAGCCAUAUCCUAAAGAUGUGUUGCCACGAUUUCUAAAUGAUGUAGUAUGAAUAGAUGCUUUUGGCUGCCAGUAUUUUGGGAUACACAAUUUAUAACUACAUCGAGUUUCAUUAGUCUGGCAAGGAUGAAAAAGAAAAGAAAAAUAGGAAUUAAAAACAAUAGAUAGUAAUUUAUAAGUUAUAUUCUUUGUAGAAUAAUCUCAUUAGAAUUGCCUAAUUGAAAUUAGAUGAGUAUUUGAACUGUUUCAAGAAAGUGGAUGAGUUGAUCUCAAUCUUUGAAAAGAAGUAUCCAAAGUGUGAGAACUUAAAAAAGUACAGACAUUAAUAAAUUUGA